UUCAGCACCUGGACAGCGACCUCCGCGGAACGCGCGGUAGAUAUUGAUAUACGCGCUGCACGCUUCUCCCGAGGCAACGACAUGGCUUGAAAUACUGCGUUAAAGUGAAGCGUGAAGUAUUUUGUGGUUUGAAAGCGCUGACAGACAUCACCACUGCCGAGAAGCGUUGUUUAGUGCGGAGUCUCCCUCAUUCACAGGCUUCGCUCUUUGGAACUGCGCUUCCGGACGGCGCACGCUCGCUGGCUGUGGCAAGAGAAGGAAAAGUAACUGUCAAGACGCGCGCGUCUCCGCUUACAUCCCAACGACGAGAUUUACAUGAAGAUGCAUUCACCCGCCGGCACCGGAUUGAAGCUCUUGCUGUGGAUUUUUAGCUACAUCAGCAUCUCUCGGGCAGCUUCUCCAUCACUCCAAAAAUGUGAUGAAGCCCUGGUCACACCACUCCCGCAUAAUGCUUUUACCAGCUCCUCUGUGUUCACCAGCGGCUAUGCACCUGGAUAUGCCAAGUUAAACAAGAGAGGAGGCGCUGGAGGCUGGUCUCCACUGGACAGUGAUCAUUAUCAGUGGCUGCAGGUUGACCUGGGAAGCAGGAAACAGGUCACAGCUGUUGCCACACAGGGUCGAUAUAGCAGCUCUGAUUGGACAACACGCUACCGACUUCUGUACAGUGACACAACCAGGAACUGGAAACCAUACCAUCAAGAUGGCAACAUCUGGGCAUUUACAGGUAACUCCAAUACAGAGAGCGUGGUUCGGCAUGACAUGCAAAACCCUAUUGUGGCCCGAUACCUGCGCAUCAUUCCUUUAGACUGGAGCGAGGAGGGUCGGAUCGGCCUCAGGUUCGAGAUCUACGGAUGCCCUUACUGGGCAGAUGUGAUUAAUUUUGAUGGGCAGGGGGUGAUCUCUUACCGCUUCAAAAUGAAGAAGAUGAAGAUUUUGAAGGACGUGAUUGCCCUGAAGUUUAAAACGUCAGAGAGUGAAGGGGUGAUUUUGCACGGCGAGGGUCAACAGGGCGACUACAUCACUCUGGAGUUAAGGAGAGGCAGACUUCUGCUUCAGAUAAACCUUGGCAGUAAUCAGUAUGACUCCAUCCUGGGCCAUACAUCCGUGACCAGCGGCAGUCUUCUGGACGACCAUCAUUGGCAUUCCGUAGUAAUUGAACGCUACAGGAGAAACGUCAAUUUUACUCUCGAUCAGCAUACUCAGCACUUUCGCACCAACGGGGAAUUUGACCACCUUGACCUGGAUUAUGAGCUUAGUUUCGGAGGAAUGCCUUAUUCUGGGAAGCCAAUCUCCGGAGGCAGACGGAACUUCAAAGGAUGCAUGGAGAGCAUCAACUACAAUGGAGAGAACAUCACUGACCUAGCCAGACGAAAGAAACUGGACACCUCUAGCUUUCGAAACCUGACGUUCUCCUGUGUGGAAACGCACACAUUCCCCGUGUUUUUCAAUGGCACCAGCUUCCUGCAGUUGCCUGGCAGGAGGGACCACAAUAUGGUGUCUGUAGGUUUCCAGUUCCGAACUUGGAAUCCCAGCGGCCUGCUUCUGUUUAGCUCUCUGGCAGAUGGGAUGCUGGAAUUGGCUCUGAAUGGUGGAAAAGUCACAGCGCACAUCAACGUCACCCAACAGAAAAACAUGCUCGUCGACGUUGCAUCAGGUUCUGAUCUAAAUGAUGGAGAAUGGCAUGAUGUUCGUUUCCUGGCCAAGGAGAACUUUGCCAUACUGACCAUUGAUGGCGAUGAAGCAUCGGCUGUGAGAAGCAACUCACCUGUCCAGAUCACAACAGGAAGCACAUAUCAUUUUGGAGGUUAUUUCUUAAUAACCAGAGCAUCCCCAUCUCAGCGCUCGUUCCAGGGUUGCAUGCAGCUCAUUCAUGUGGACGAUCAGCUGGCCGACCUGGCCGCGGUGGAGCAGGGAAGAACCGGCGCCUUCGAGAACGUCAGCCUGGACAUGUGUGCCAUCAUUGACAGAUGUAUGCCAAACCACUGUGAGCAUUCAGGACGAUGCAGUCAGACCUGGGACGGCUUCACAUGCACCUGUGAUGGGACGGGGUAUACUGGAGCCACCUGUCAUACAUCUGUUUAUGAGCAGUCAUGCGAGGCCUACAAGCACUUGGGCAGAUCAUCAGAUGCCUACUGGAUUGACCCAGAUGGAAGCGGACCUUUAGGUCCCUUCAAAGUCAUCUGCAACAUGACGGAGGACAAAGUGUGGACAACUGUGGUGAAUAACCUGCCGGCACAGACACCAGUUACAGGCUCAAGUCGGGACAGAAGGACUGUACUGCAGCUCAACUACAGUGCCUCUAUGGAGCAGGUCACCGCUAUAACCAACAGUGCCGAACACUGCGAACAGCACAUAGCUUAUGCAUGCCGAAUGUCACGACUGCUCAACACACCAGAUGGAACGCCUUACACGUGGUGGGUGGGCCGAGGCAACGAGAAGCACUUUUACUGGGGCGGCUCCGCACCCGGCAUUCAAAAAUGUUCGUGCGGCAUCGAGCGCAACUGCACCGACUCCAAAUAUUACUGCAACUGUGAUGCCGACCAAAAGCCGUGGAGGGACGAUUCUGGGCUUCUUGUGUAUAAAGAUCACUUACCGGUGAGCCAAGUGGCUGUUGGGGACACAAAUCGACCCGGUUCAGAGGCCAAGCUGACUGUGGGACCUCUCCGUUGCCAUGGAGACCGAAGCUACUGGAACGCAGCGUCCUUCAACACCCCAUCCUCAUAUCUGCACUUCUCCACUUUUCAAGGAGAAACAAGUGCUGACAUCUCCUUUUACUUCAAGACCUCUGCUCCCUACGGCGUCUUCCUGGAGAACUUAGGGAACACGGAUUUCAUUCGUCUGGAGUUGAAAUCAUCUACGGUGGUGUCGUUCUCGUUCGACGUGGGAAAUGGGCCUGUGGAGCUCAACGUUCACUCUCCUGCCCCGCUGAAUGACGACCAGUGGCACAAAGUGAGUGCCGAGAGGAAUACGAAAGAGGCCAUUCUGACCCUAGACCAGAAAUACAAGGAGGUUCGACCUGCUCCUACACAAGGACACACGCGUCUAGAGCUCUACAGCCAACUCUAUGUGGGUGCAUCCGGAGGUCAAAGAGGAUUUCUCGGAUGCAUCCGAUCUCUCAAGAUGAACGGGGUGACCCUUGACCUGGAGGAGAGAGCAAACGUCACCCCUGGAGUGAAGCCCGGGUGCUCGGGUCACUGCACCAGUUUUGGGAUGUAUUGCCGUAAUGGGGGCAAGUGUGUGGAGAAAUACAACGGCUAUUCCUGUGACUGCACCUCCACAGCGUAUGAUGGACCUUUUUGUUCUAAAGAUGUUGGAGGGUUUUUUGAGGCAGGAACACUGGUCAGAUAUAACCUCACACCAGACGUGGUGGCUGCAGCCUCCGGCCUGGAAGACAAGAGCAUAACACAGAUCAGUACAACAGAGAGCAACUUCACACGUGAAGACCUCACCUUCAGCUUUAGUACCUCCACAUCUCCCAGCGUCCUGGUUUAUGUCAGCUCUAAAACGCAGGACUAUAUGGCUGUGGUGCUUCGUCACAACGGCACCCUACAGCUGCGUUAUAACUUGGGUGGUCUUAGAGAUCCUUUCACCAUUGAUAUCGACCAGAGGAACCUGGCCAACGGGCAGCCCCACACCAUCAACAUAUCUCGAGUCGAGAGAGACAUUGAGAUACAGCUGGAUCAUUAUCCACCAGUCAGUUACACCCUGCCUGAGGCCUCAGACAUACAGUUCAACCUGGUCAAGUCUCUCUUCCUGGGACAAGUCUUUGAAACCGGUCACAUCGACCCGGUGAUUAUCGAAAAAUACAACACCCCGGGGUUUGUGGGCUGCCUGUCUAGAGUGCAGUUCAACGACAUCGCUCCUUUGAAAGCUGCACUCAGGUCCCGUGGUUCUGCACCUGUCACACACCAGGGUAAACUGGUGGAAUCCAACUGCGGAGCGUCACCCCUCACGAUCCCACCCAUGUCCGCUGCAACUGACCCGUGGCACCUAGAAGGAGGUGCGGAUUUCCCCUUCAAUGAGGAAAGAGUCAUACCAAAUGGGGUUAAUAGGAAUUCAGCUAUAAUAGGAGGAAUCAUUGCAGUAGUGAUCUUCACUAUUCUGUGUACCCUGGUGUUUCUGAUCCGCUACAUGUUUCGCCAUAAAGGCACCUACCAUACCAAUGAGGCCAAAGGGGGAGAGUCGUCCGAGUCGGCCGACGCGGCCAUUAUCAACACUGACACCAAUUUCACAGAGACCAUCGAUGAAAGCAAGAAGGAAUGGUUCAUCUAAUUAAAUGAUGGGCUGGGGUAUAUAAACUCUUUACGAAUCUUUUUUUGAUUAUCUGACGUUUUUGAAAUCAAGCUCAUGAUCCAGUUUGAGAAACUGUUCUGUAUAUAGUGACUGGCUGGUCUCUUUUUAUUGUGUUUUCAAGUGGGAAAUCUCUUGAUUACAUUAAUAAAUUAUUUCACCAUGCAUUCAUUUUUAACACAAAUCUAAUUAUUUGCCAAAAUCCUAACUUGUUUUAGUCAUUUUUGUGUUCUUAUGGUUCAUCUUUUGAUAUGUGUGGGAAAUGACUGUAAAUUUUAAAUGCUCUAUAUGAAAAUGUUUAUUUGAUUCAUUGCACAAAUUACAAAAUUAAAAUGACUUUACAAUAUAUAUCAUCAGUAUAAGCUGGAAAUACUGAAGCAUGCACCAAGAAUUUGGUCAAAUCAACUCUCUCUAUUUGCACAACUAUGCUGAUUUAUUUUUCUUGUGGAAGCCUUCAGGUUUUGUUUUUCAUGCCAAACACCUCUCAGUCUUAAGCAUUUGUUUCACUGAAGGCUUAAAUCAUAGCAUAAAGAUGUUGUUUUGAGAGAUCAUCAAUAUCUGUGAUUCAUUUAUGCAAGCUGUAUGGCAAAUGAACACACACGCAUGCAUCACCAAUGUUUGUCAUGGCAGAUGAAGAGGGUGGGACUACUGACACCCAAUCAAAUGACUUAAUUCAAGGUGCCUUUUGGAUUCAGCCAAUCAGCUUCGUAUUUGUUUUAAAGUUAUUAAUCUAGUAUAUACCAUUCAAAACAAAAUCCCAAUAAAUCAAAUGGCUGAUAUUUAUUUGAUACACAUGUCUGAGUAGAACGAUUUAGAGCAGAAACAGCGGUGUUAUACAAAUGUUGUUUAAUUUUACAUACAUGCUACAAUAUUUGAAGCAUUUAUUGAAAAUGUACACUUGUGUUUACGUUAAAGGCAUGCGUUUUGUCGAAUUGCUAUAUUUUUCAUUAUGCUUUUGUAUAUGAUUAAUUCUUUUUAAAUAUAAAAUGUCAAAUAAAGGUUAAUUUACAUACAGAUGAUGAAUUUUCUCAGACUGGCUUUCAGAAAACUGAGUGAUGUUUAUUUGAGGUGAGGUAUAAAAUCUCUGUCAUGACAUACAUAUCAUUAAUUCUUUCUAAAAGAAAUGUUUAGAUUUGUUAUGAUCUUUUGCACUUGUUAACACUUGUGGCAUGAAUGAGUUUACCGGACAUAAGGUAAAUAUGCAUACAUGAAUCUAUGAAUAAACAGUGUAAUUAAAAAAGUAAUGUUUUAUAUUUAAAGAUAUAUGCUUAAAUGGUUUCGAAUGGUUUCUUUUGUUCACAGACUAUAACAUGAAGUUUUGUUAAAUAUUUAUUUUAAGCUAAACAUUUCAAUCAAAUUGACCUUUUUAGGGAGUUGCAAAUUCGGUGUAAUGUAAGUUUUAAUGGUGCAGUGAUUUGAACACUUCUAUUUUAAUAUUCAAUUUCUCAUCCCUCAUUUACAUUAAGAGUUUAAAUAUUGUUUUGUAUAACUGUAGGUUUAGUCAGUUAACAUUCACAAUAAAUGAAAUAUAUAUUUUUAUGAUGAUAUUUUGUAGAUGACCAAGCCCUUCAUUGUGUCUCAUCUAUAUGUGUAUUACAAGCCUGAAUAUUAAAAAUGUUUUAUGGAUCUGUAAAGAAAAUGUUGUAUUAGAAAGUUUCCUUGUGCUGGAGACAGAAAGGCAUUGAUGAAUUGUCAUACCAUCCUUUCCAUUUACCUUGAUCAGUAUUCCUUUGUGUAAAAGUUAAGUUUAUUUUUUGUUUUUAAUGAUUUGAGGUCUCUUGUAAUGUUUUUACUCACAGUUGGCUCCCUUUCACAUGGCACAUGUAUAGGCCUUUUAUUAAUUGUAAAUCCCAGUUUUUGAGCACAACAGUUCAAGAAAAGUUCUGACAUUUGUAUUAUUUAUGAGUAAAUAUAAGAGUGAUAAGUGUAAACCGAAUAUUUACUCUUCAGUAUCUAUAAGAUUGCAUUCUGCUUGUGUAUUAAACGUAUUCUUUUAACAGCAGCAUGACCACUGUAUGUGAACUUACUGUACAUACUGUACUUUAAACAAUAUCACAAUUGUAUUUACUCUUGGGGCAUAUUUUUUACCUUUUGUUAUGAUGUUGACAAAGUCAGGAAUGAAUAGUACAAUACUUUUUAUAUAUUUAGAGCAACACAGUUCUUAACUGGCUGUUUAACGUUAAAUAUUUGUACUAACCACUUUUCAUCCAUCUCAUUAUUGUGUGAGGCCUAAUUGCAAAAUAAAAGAAUUUCUCAUCAA